UUGAAAAAGCAUCAAUUUCUUAAUACAAAAUGAACCCGAACAGUAGGGGUCAAACUUGUUUAUCUGUUAUUUGCUUAUGCUUUCUUUGAUUCUUUCAUAUCUUUUCUAAUCUCCUUCCAAAGAUCCUUGACCUCUACUGUAUAUUUUUUAACAGUCCUCCCAAGCGCACUGAACCCCCUCUCAGUAUACUCAACCGUCUUGCCCACAAACCCUGAUCUUUCCCUCACAUCCUUAUUUCAAACUUAUAUAAGUAUCAGUCAGAGUUUUCUCUCUGUGCUUCUCACAGAGAGGGCAGUUUUCAUCUGCAAGACAGAGUGCAGGGAUAAGGAUUGUAACCAGCAAUGUCAGCGCUAAUAUUGUUUUGAUA